AUAAAUUAUGGGCAAAAAUAUUGAAUAAGAAGAAUUGGAAAACAAUAAGACAAAAGAGCAGGUUUUAACAAUCAAAAAGAACAGAAUCACUAAAAUUGCCAAAUCCAUAAGAAAACUUGUUGUUUUAGACUAAAAACAAAUCAAAAAGGCAAUAAAUGCUUUAUUGAAAUACAGAGAAUCCACUGCCACUGACAACAUCCUAGACAUUAAAGAUGAUUUUAUCUAUCUAGAAAUUGUAUUAAACAAACUGCCAAUCAAUUAUUCAUUGAGACCUGUUUAGAUGUAAAACCUAUGAUCUAUUUCAAUUAGUAAAUUACCAAAUGCCAUCUACAAUUAGGAGAUGAAUUCCAAAUUUUGUAUAAUCAGUACAAAUCCCCAAAGAUAAUUCAAAGACUAAAUUUCUGAUUUCGAUAUACCACUGAUCUAAAAAGUAAUUGGUUAUGGUAAAUUGAAUAAAAAAUAUCCAACUUAUACAGACAAAAGAAAGCUCUUUUAUGAAUACGAUUAAUUCUUUUGUGAUCAAAGAAUAUAUGGAAAUCUAGCAAAGGGAUUAGGAAAGGUCUUCUAUUACAGAAAAAAGUAAUUGAAUUUCCAUAUUUAGAAUACCAUUUCCCAUCAAUUGCGAGAACAUCACCUAAGAAACAUUGAAUGAUUUAUCCAACUACACUUAUUUUAUCUAAGGAAACGGCCCUGUAUAGUAAAUAAACAUAAUAUAUGUUAGUACUCUUAAAAUUGGCAGAGUUGCAUAGACUCCAGAUUAAAUCACAUAAAAUGUUUUGGCAGCUGCUUAUGAAGUCUUACCUUAAAUUUUAUAAGAAAAAGGAAUGAGCUUAAGUUGCUUAAGAUAAUUAAAUGUCAAGUUGUCAAGUUCAAUAUCCUUGCCAUUCUUUUCAAGACUUAGUGUUAGAGAGAUAGAAGCAUGGAAAAAUCAAUGAUAA